UCAUCAUCUGGAGAAGAGAGCAAAGUAGAAAUGGAGCGCAUUGCAUCAGAAAAAAGAAAAGAAAGGAGGCUUAUGAUCAGUGAUUUGCCAGAGCCAUUACUUCUUCAUAUUCUUUGUUUUCUUCCCCUAAAAGAAGCCGUCGCCACAAGUCUCUUGUCCAAGAGGUGGAGAACACUUUGGCGCUCUCUUCCCAAGCUUGAAUUUGAUGAUAGAAGCUUUGGCAGUCUUAGAUCCUUCAUUCUGUUUGUAAAUGCGGCCCUCCGCUUAGCUCAUUUGAAUUCUGUUCAAAUGUUUAUUCUCGAUUGUAGGCAUUCCCGUCUGGCCCGUGAUAUGGCUAAGAUUUGGAUCAAUGCACUCGUCAGUCACAAAUUAACGCAUCUAGAGCUAAAAGCAUUAGAGCCUGUUUCGUUGCCCUCUAGCAUUUUCAUCUGCAAUACCUUGCGAGUUUUAAAGUUAACUGCGGUGAAAUUGACUGAUCUUUCUGGGGUUAAUUUGCCUUCACUUGAAGUCUUGCAUUUUAGGGUGGCUGUGUUUUCAAAUUUUGAACUUCUGAGAAGGCUUCUUUCUAAUUGUGCUCGUCUUCAAGAAUUGGAACUAAUUGUAGUAUGGGAUGUUGAGCAUAGGAGGCACAGCAUUGUAAGUCCUGAGGAUUCAUGGCACAACAUUGCAAGGUUUGAACAUUUGUUGUCCGCAGAUGUUCCUGUUCCAGCAAAUAAACACCUAAUGGAAGCCAUUUCUAAUGUUCAAUUUCUCAGCUUACGUGCGGAGGAUGGAGGGUACCGUUUUGACGAUACCUCAACAUUUGCCAACGUCAUCCAUCUACAAAUUGACAAACCUCCUAUUAUCGACUGGACCAUAGUGAGCAUGCUCCGAGCCUUUCCCAAGCUUCAGAGUCUUGUAAUUUAUCAGGAUGAGCGUGACUCGGAUGGUGACUCGGAUGAUGACUCGGACCUGAGGGAGUUGUCAGCACCUGAUGUUCCUCCCUGUGUUUCGUCUCAGCUGAAGGAGUUUGCUCUUUUUGAAUUCAGAGGCUCCAAACGUGAACUUGAAAUUGUGAAGUAUAUAAUGGAGAAUGCGACUGUUUUGAGGGCUGUCGUUGUGGGGAGCACUUGCGAAAGUGAAAGUGAAAGUAAAGAGAAAGACUGUGAGAUGCUCGAAGAAUUAUCGUCAUACCCCAGAUGUUCUGCAGAUUGUAGACUUAUUUAUGGCGUUUUUAGGGAACGUCCUGAGGAGGUGAUGAGAAAGUUUAUGACAAUUAGCAAGUUUGCAGUUCGAUCCUAUUGGUUCUAA